AGUAGCACAUGAAACAACAACCAGAAUUCAUCGUACAAAUAAAAUGUGUUAUAACCAACAAUUCGACUCUGAUUAUUAAAUAAUUUUUAAUAUAUAUAUAUAAAGUGAUACGUAUAAAGCAGGAUAAUGUACAAGUUACUAGGAGGUCUAGCGAAUUAUUUCAAAUAUCAAGAAAUUGUAACGGACUGUGCUAUAUUCCGUUUACACAAUAUAUUUACCUGUGCUUUACUUAGUGCAUGCAGUUUAAUUAUAACGGCUAAUCAGUUCGUUGGCAAUCCCAUACAAUGUAUUGUCGAAGGGCUGCCCAAUCACGUUGUUAAUACGUAUUGUUGGAUAUCUUCCACGUUUACUAUGCCGGACGCUUUCCAAAGACAGGUUGGUUACGAGGUGGCUCAUCCAGGUGUAGCCAACGAUUUCAACGAAAAUGGCGCUCAAAAGUACUACACUUAUUACCAAUGGGUGUGUUUCGUAUUAUUUUUUCAGGCUAUAGCUUGCUAUACACCAAAAAUCUUAUGGGAUAUGUCCGAAAAUAAUUUAAUGAGGACGUUAGUUAUGGGAUUAAACAUCGGAGUUUGUCAUGAAAAAGAAAAAAAUUCCAAAAAAGAAGUUAUCUUGGGUUAUUUAAUGGAACACGUAAAGAGACACAAUAUGUACGCCAUAACUUACUGGGGCUGCGAAUGUCUUUGUCUAAUCAACAUAAUCGCACAAUUGUACAUCAUGAACAAAUUCUUCGACGGCGAAUUCCUCUCCUACGGUUGGAGAGUCAUGAAAUUCUCCGAUUUAGCCCAGGAGGAGCGCAUCGACCCCAUGGUGUACGUUUUCCCGCGCGUUACCAAAUGCAUUUUCCACAAAUUCGGUCCUUCGGGUUCGAUACAAAAACACGACAGUCUGUGCGUUCUACCAUUGAAUAUAGUCAACGAAAAAACUUAUAUAUUCAUAUGGUUUUGGUUCAUGAUCCUAGCUACCAUGUUGACGUUUCUGGUUAUAUACAGGAUUAUCAUUGUCCUUUAUCCUAAGAUACGUCCAAGGAUACUUCACGCUAAACACAGAUCGAUCCCAAUCGAAGUUUGCAAGUCUCUUUGUAAUAAAGUCGAUAUGGGCGAUUGGUGGAUCAUACUCAUGCUCGGUACCAAUAUGGAUCCCAUUAUUUAUAGAGAAAUUAUUUCCGAAUUAGUUAAAAAAAUCGAUAUCAAAUCUAGUAAUCACUGAUAUAUAUUUUUUAUUAAACCUUGUACAUAUUUUUUUUUUAUUAAUUAGCUAAAUUUUAUAGGUUAGAACUUUUUUUUCGAGUGAAAUAAGCCUUUUAAAAACGUAGGAUUUCGAUUUACUAAUUUCGUUAAAACUACAUAAAAAACGUACAAUCCGGCAACGCCGAAAUUUCCACUUUAUAAGAAAGUAUUACUAAUGUACAUUCCAAGUAAUAAAAAACGCUGAUUUUGUUUAUCGAUCGUAUUAAUUCAAAUGUAAUUAUCAAAAUUGCCGUGUCUAUAAGUGCAAAUUUAUAUAAUAUUUCAUCGACAUGAUACAUAAAUUCACUGAUUUAUCUUAGUUGAAAAAGGCGUGUUGAAGUUAAAAAAGAAGAGGCGUGUAUAAUAUUGUAUAUUAAGGACCGCCCCAUAAUGACGUCAUUGACAAUUCGACCAUGUUUGGUAGGUGCCACAAAACUAAAAAUUCAUUUCUUAAUGAACUGUCUUAGUUGAUGAAGAUUUUACAUUUACACACUCUAAGAUGUCAUUAUCAAUCAAUAAAAUACUUUUUCCAAAUUUCACAAACCAAUUUUAAACAUACGAGGUGCGAUGAACAAAUAUUUUAUUAAAAACAAAGUAAGAUUCGAAUAAAUUCUUCAAAGUACUACCAUUGACUUGUCUUACGUCAUGUAGAAACGGUUUUUAUCUGAUAUCACGUGUCAUAGUACAAGAUAUGCACGUUCACAAACGGAGAAUGAAUCGUUAAGGCAAAAUGGCCGACUUGUCAAACUCGCGUGUUCGAAAAUGACCCUUAUGUUACUCUAUAAUAGUGACACAAACAGCUGAUUAAUGGCGGACAGACGAGAAACAAAAAAGUUAUUAUAUAUAAUUAUUAUUAUAUUGAAAAUAUGUGGUAUUUGAGUUAAUAAAUGCAGUAUGGAAGUAAAUCUAAUUUUUUUUCGAUACAAGUCUCGAAAUAUUGUUAAAAGAUCCAAACUUUUUUGAGAAAUUUAUUUAUUAUAUUACAACACAACUUUUUGAUAGUAUUAAAACGGCCAUAUUGAAUUCAAUCAGCUGUUUUCGUAGAGAAUCAACUAAGGGUACUCUACGUGUAGAAAAGUUUCACAUUCCGAGGUUAUUUUUAACUGUACUGCCAUUUUUUUGUUUCUUAUACAGUUUUUUUCAUUUUAAUAGACAUUUUUUAAGGUGUAUAGUAACUUAGUUUUUUUAAACUUCCCGGGCUUUUCGUUAUGAAAACGGUUUUGACAGUUCGGUGUACCCAUAAACGUUCGUGGGGUGGUUUUUCUAUGAUCAGAUCUUUCUAGGUUAAAUACGAAAUUAUUUGAAAAACUACGAAUUGCUGUAUUUCUUUUUUCAAAUUUAUUUAUUUUUAGAAAUAUUUUAAACUCCAAGUUCACUAUUUAAACUUAUCAGCUACGUUUUUAGGUUGAUUUUUGAUGGAAUAUUUUGUGAUAUCGAUAUAUUUUUUUACAAACGUUUCUAAAUUGAUACAUUUUUUGACUGAAUAUUGAUUAGUUUUGUACUUCACUGCCCAAUAUCUCAUACACUUCUUUCAAUAAAAUUAAAAAAAUAACUGUAUGAAUCAGAAUUGGACAAACCUUUAUUUAUAUAUAUAUAUAUUUUUAAAUAAAUUGAAUUGAAUAAUAUACUACACCUACAAAUAAAUACAAUUUUUUAAAUGUAUAUUUAUAUUUUUAAAUAUAUUUUGUAUUA